AAAUACCUUUGUUUCCCUCUUCUUCUCCUUCACUCAACAACAUCUCAAUUUCAUUCUCUCUUCUCUCUUCAAUUUCACAACAAUGGGCGUCAAAAGUUUCGUAGAAGGUGGGAUUGCUUCUGUAAUCGCCGGUUGCUCCACUCACCCUCUCGAUCUCAUCAAGGUUCGUCUUCAGCUUCACGGCGAAACUCCUUCCACCACCACCGUCACUCUCCUCCGUCCAGCUCUCGCUUUCCCCAAUUCUUCUCCUGCAGCUUUUCUUGCCGAGACUACUUCGUCUGUUCCCAAAGUUGGACCGAUCUCACUCGGAAUCAACAUCGUCAAAUCGGAAGGCGCCGCCGCGUUAUUCUCCGGCGUCUCCGCUACACUUCUCCGACAGACGUUAUAUUCCACCACCAGGAUGGGUCUAUACGAAGUGCUUAAGAACAAAUGGACUGAUCCUGAGUCAGGGAAGCUGAAUCUGAGUAGGAAGAUCGGUGCAGGGCUAGUCGCUGGUGGAAUCGGAGCCGCCGUUGGAAAUCCAGCUGACGUGGCGAUGGUUAGAAUGCAAGCUGACGGGAGACUUCCUUUAGCGCAGCGUCGUAACUACGCCGGAGUAGGAGACGCAAUCAGGAGCAUGGUUAAGGGAGAAGGCGUAACGAGCUUGUGGCGUGGCUCAGCGUUGACGAUUAACCGAGCCAUGAUAGUGACGGCGGCUCAGCUUGCUUCGUACGAUCAGUUCAAGGAAGGGAUAUUGGAGAAUGGUGUGAUGAAAGAUGGGCUAGGGACUCACGUGGUUGCGAGUUUCGCGGCUGGGUUUGUUGCUUCGGUGGCGUCUAAUCCGGUAGAUGUGAUAAAGACAAGAGUGAUGAAUAUGAAGGUGGGAGCGUACGACGGCGCGUGGGAUUGUGCGGUGAAGACUGUUAGAGCAGAAGGAGCAAUGGCUCUUUAUAAAGGCUUUGUUCCUACAGUUUGUAGGCAAGGACCUUUCACUGUUGUUCUCUUCGUUACGUUGGAGCAAGUCAGGAAGCUGCUUCGAGAUUUUUGAUACAAUUCUUUUAUUGAUGAUGAUGAUGACGACUAUUUAUAUUGAUUUAUUCAUUUUUGAAUUAGUGAUCAUAAGAAGGAAGAGGGAUUCAAUAUAUAUUUUUGUUCAAGCAUUGUUUGUUAAAUACAAUUCAAUUUUUGUU